AAAACUUCAAAGAAAGGCGAAAAUGUUUUCUCAAGCGAACGCGUUGGAAAGUCUUUUACUGUAUGGUGCCUUCUGUUUGUCGGCGAUUACAUCGAAAGGUUCAUCUGUGUCUAAGUACCAGAUUGUAGCGACGCCAUUCCAAGAAAACGUGAAACUACAUUGCACUCCACCAUCAAGUUUACCUGGUUUCCGUGAUUUGUCAUGGUUCCUCUGUCCAGACCUUAAACUAUGCUUGUCAAGCAAAGAAAAAGAACAACCCAUUGCUGAGAUUACAAAUAAAACAAGCGUCAGGGUUCACUUUUCACAAAUAUUUCAAAUAGACAUUAACGGAACCCUAACAAUUGAUUGGGCGUUACCAGCAUUUGAUGGUAUAGCUUUUCUCUGCUGGGUUCACUUUCACAGUAUUGGGAAAAGAAAGACAAUAAUACAUCUGAAAAUACGAGAAUCACCACGGGUAGAGAUUAAAAGUCCAGAAACUGUCUACGUGCCCGAAGGAACGAACCUCUCUUUGGUAUGUUUGGCUGUUGGUUGGCCUAGGCCUCAGUUGACUUGGACUCGUGGAGAUGAAGUCCUCUUAAACCAGACAAGUAACGGAACGUAUAUCCAGCAAAACGUCACAUUGGAGGAUGGUGGAAUAUACACCUGCAGUGCCAAAAAUCAGUUCGGAAUUGAAUACCGUUCUGUAAAAGUGAUUGUUUUGGGUAUCCCAGGCUCCGCGCCAUCACCUCCCCCAGGUGAAAGCAAGGAAGAAGUGAGUUUUGCGAGAGCCGUCCUUAAGGUUCUCCCUCUAAUAAUCACAUUGCUCUUUAUUUUUCUGGUGAUAAUUAUUUUGCUGGUUAUAAAGAUCAAGAGGCCUGAUCUGUUCGAUCAGAAUCGAGUAUGACCUUAAGGUUCGUAAUGAUAAUUACACUCUGUGAGUCACAACAUUAUUAACGAAUAUCGUUGACAAUAAGAGUAGACUACGCUAAACUACUGUGGAUUUGUCAAUAUUUUCUUUGCAAUAGCAAAAGACAAAAAUGAAAAAACAAAACAAAACACAAAUCUACGAUAGAGAAAAAAAAAUGAACAAAUCAUUGAAUUUUUUUUUUUAGUUGUUUGCUUUUGAAUUUUGUAACAGAGUGCAAGGAUUUUUCUGAGACAUUACAAUGAAUUUGUAACGAA